ACUCACCGGCUGAGUCAGCUUCAAUCUCACCUGUGACCUGUACACUCCCAGAUCAGACGGUUCACGUACGACGGUUGGCAACACUCACAACCACCGCACCGCACACCGCAGCCCAAGUUCUCCUCUGCAUCUGAAAUAUCUUGCCACCUGACGCGACAGCGACAAGAUCCAAGAACUCGCUCGCGCGCACGGACAGGGCCGGAACCCAGGGAUCGAGACUGAACAGCAGUCCGAGACGCCAUGAACGUGGAGGAGGAGGUCGGGAGGCUCAAGGAGGAGAUCCAUAGGCUCGGCCAGCAGCAGCCCGAUGGCUCUUACAAGGUCAAGUUUGGCGUCCUCUUCAACGACGACCGGUGUGCAAAUAUCUUUGAAGCACUAGUUGGCACCUUGAGGGCCGCCAAGAAGAGGAAGAUCUUGACCUACGAAGGCGAGCUGCUUCUGCAAGGUGUCCAUGACAACGUGGAGAUAACCCUGUUGCCCCCACCUGCAGUUGCUGCCGCUUGAAGCGAAGAGCACCACCAAGUUCUCGAUUCCAUACAACUCGUAUGCUUGUAUUCUGCCGUGCCUAUAUUAGAUUCUCUCGAACCAUUUGGUGUUCCUUGAAAACUGCUAUCGUGUGAUAUAUGAAAUUGUGGUGCU